CUGAGGGAAGCGGCGAGGACGUGUGCGUGUCCGGCUCCUGCUGACCGUUGGCCCCUCAGCCGGUGCUCUCGCAGAGGUGUCCUCGUCGCCCCUCCUCCCCGGCUCUGGUAACAACACCCUAGCUCAGAGCCGGGGAGGGGAGGAGUCCUUCCGCAUAGCGCCCCCGGUGCCUCCAGCAAGCCUAGAGUCGGCCCGCCCCGAGGGGCGUGAGGGGGCGGGGCUGAGGACUUAGGACUCCGGCCCAUACACCGCCUCCUGCCGAGCCAGAGCAGGGAUCCCAGCCUGGUGUUGAGAGAGCCAUGACGGCGCUGCGGGGCCUCUGGCCCGAGAUGCAGGACACCUGUACCUCGCUGGGGCUGAUGCUGUCGAUCGUGCUGUUCAUGGGGCUGGCCCGCGUGGUCACCCGGCAGCAGCUGAACAGGCCCACUGCCCACGCCUUCGUCUUGGAGUUUCUGGCCACGUUCCAGCUCUGCUUCUGCACCCAUGAGCUGCAAGUGCUGAGCGAGCAGGAACCCCUGCACCCCACCUGGCCGCUGACGCUAACCUACUUCUUCUCGUUGGUGCAUGGCCUGACUCUGGUGGGCACCUCCAGCAACCCGUGCGGCGUGAUGAUGCAGAUGAUGCUGGGGGGAAUGUCCGCUGAGACGGGUGCGAUGAGGCUGUUAGCUCAGCUGAUUGGUGCCCUGUGCAGCAGGUACUGCAUGGGCGCCCUGUGGAGCCUGGGACUGACCAAGUAUCACGUCAGCGAGAGGAGCUUCGCUUGCAGGAAUCCCAUCCAAGUGGACUUGCCCAAAGCGGUCAUCAUAGAGGCCGUCUCCUCCUUUAUCUUCCACAGCGCUUUGCUGCACUUCCAGGAGGUCCGAACCAAGCUUCGUAUCCACCUGCUGUCAGCACUCAUCACCUUUUUGGUCUAUGCAGGAGGAAGUCUAACAGGAGCUGUAUUUAAUCCAGCUUUGGCACUUUCACUACAUUUCAAGUGUUUUGAUGAAGCAUUCCUUCAAUUUUUUAUAGUAUAUUGGCUGGCUCCUUCUUUAGGUAUAUUGCUGAUGAUUUUGAUGUUCAGUUUUUUCCUUCCAUGGCUGUAUAACAACCAUACAAUUAAUAAAAAGGAGUAACUAUUCUAAAAGACUAAGUUUCAGGACAGUCAAGAUGGAUGUGAUAAAGAUUUUAUCACCUAAUACUCACACACUGGCUGCACUGGAUUCGUCAAUGUUAUCUUCCUUUGAAGAAACUGCCUUAGAGUUUUCAUCACUGGGACUUAAAAAAAAUUACUGUGAAAAUAAGGUAUCCUGUGUUUUUCAGUUAAGACUUGUUCUUUUAAGCGUGUAUUAAAUGCUGCUAGAAAAGACUCUUUAAAUAUAAAUCUCAAGUGAUAAUUGUUAAUUUUGAUGAAAAAGAAAUUGAGUACAGGGUGAGAAGGGAAGGGAAGGUGAUGGUAGGACCAAGAAAGAGUAUGUGUAUCAUGUGUCACUUGAAUGAACAAGAUUUUUAACCAAAGUACAAACAGUCAUGCUUACAAAACUGGAGAGAGGAUACUUUUCAGCCACUACCUCACACAGUGAUACCAUCAGCAGUGUCAUCUUUCAAUAGGAAAGUUGCUUUUGGAAGUAGAUUAUAUACCUACUCAUACUCAAGGGGGUUCCUGAAUUUUAAAUAUAUUCUAAUCUAAAAUAUUUUCUCUAAAUAGACAAUCUCACUAGCUUUAGGCAAACUGUCAUUCUUUAGUAGAAUAAAGCACUCAUACAAAGUAUAAGCUUUUCACAUUCUCAUCUGACUGAACAGCUACCUUAUGAAGUAGGUAGGGCAUGUAUUUUUAAUCUCCAUUUAACAGAUAAGGAAAUGAAGUCUAGAAGGGGGUUUACUGCUUUGCCCAAGGUCAAAUACAGCCAAAUACCAUCUUUAAACUUCUACUUCAAUACAAAAAAAUAUUCUCUGUCAUCAAGACUAAAGGAAAAUUGAAGAUUAUAAAGAAACAUUAAAUACUUUAUAAUGUUACAAUCUGUUUAGGAAUUAACAGCUUUUUUUUUUAGGCUUAAAGAACCUUCAAGUUUUCCUCUGUUAGAAGCUUUCUUUUAUUGUAUGUCUACCUUUUUUUUUUUUUAAU